AUGCGCUUCUUUGAAAAUAAUCUCGCCGUUGACCAGACGGACCGGACCUCUCUACAAGUGCUUGGUGCCGGUCUCCCUCGUUGUGCAACAAGCUCUCUGCAAGCCGCCCUUGAAUCGCAACACAUCGGUCUGACUCCCUCUGCACUCCGGGAGAAGGACUCUGCACGGCGUCACAAGCUACUUUAUAAAUUAUUUAAUGGUUUCCAAGCAACCACCGAUUUCCCUUCGUCGAUGUUUAUGGAUGAUCUUAUGGAUAUGUAUCCGGACGCUAAGAUCGUGCUAAACAAGCGGCCUGGUGGCGGCCGCCAGUGGGUGCAGUCGAUCAAGCUGCUUACCUUCGCAGCCUCACCGGUGUACCACGCUCUGUGCUUCUUAUGGAAGACCGACCGCAAUGUGGCUGCCAUAUGGCACGAGAUUAUGGAGGUCUGUCAGAGCAAACUGAGUCUAACUGCGGACGAGCUUUUGACGGUAAAGCAUUAUGAUGCGCAUAAUGCUUGGAUUCACGCCGAGGCAGCUAAGCGCGGGCGGGAGGUCUUGGAAUUCGAGCCUCAGGAUGGAUGGGAGCCUUUGUGCGUAUUUCUCGGCAAGCAGGUACCAAGAGAUGAGCCUUUUCCUCACCUUAACGAUGCUUCCGAAGUUCGAAUGAUCGUGAGGAUUCUGUGUGCUCGGGGUGCAAUCUCCUGGCUUGCGCUAGGUGCGGUGGUAUUUGGCAUAGUAAGAUGGCUUGUGAACGCGCAGCUGUUCUAG